UUGGUUUUCGACGUCCACGGUGGUGGGGGAGGACUCAGCCUCCAGAGUCCUGAAGGAUCGGCUUUUCAGUUAACGUUUGGGUGCAGUUGGGCGCAGGAGCUUGGCGGACACGGACCCUCUCCAGGAGGUGUGACAUUUUAUCGUUUAUUUGGCCACCUGACUGUUUUCAGAUGUUCCACGGAUAUUAGAUGUCUGGUAUCUUCGUCUUCUGUCUCAUCGCACUCACCGACGCCUCGUCUUACUGGUUAAAUAUCGAGCCAGCUAAUUUUAACGAUGUUAACGGUUGUGAAGUUACCAAGGGUUUAUCAAUCGGACAAGUCCGAUUGUGCCAGGUUUAUUCAGACCAUAUGGAGCGUGUGACAAUCGGUGCCAAAAAAGGUAUAUCAGAGUGUCAACAUCAGUUCAAAUACCGAAGAUGGAAUUGCUCAGCGCUGCCGGAUUCCACAUUCUUUGGCAGCCAAAGACAUACAGCUAGUCGAGAGUCAGCGUUUAUUUACGCGAUAACAGCAGCCGGGAUCACUCAUUCUGUUGCUCGAAGCUGUAGAGAUGGACACCUAGCCUCCUGCAGUUGUUCGCGAGCUCCACGUCCGAGGGACUUGCACCACGAAUGGAUUUGGGGUGGUUGCGGAGACAACUUGGAAUACGGUUAUAAGUUUACUCAGAGUUUCAUCGACAUAAGAGAAAGGGAGAAGAGGUACAGACGUGGGAGCCAUGAUCAUGGACAGGCAUUGAUGAACUUACACAACAAUGAAGCUGGAAGAAGGGCUGUCAUAAAAAUGGCAAAAGUGACCUGUAAAUGUCAUGGAGUCUCUGGAUCUUGCAGUUUGAUAACCUGUUGGCAGCAGCUUCCAACUUUCAGGGAAAUAGGUGACUACAUCAGAGACAAGUAUGAUGGAGCAACAGAAGUGAAAGUCAACGUGAGAGGUAAACUUCAGAUAAAAGAUCCCCGUUUUGAUCUCCCGACGGCGAACGAUUUGAUCUUCCUCGAUGAGUCUCCUAAUUAUUGUGUCCCUAAUGCCAGUGCAGGGUCGUUAGGUACACAAGGCAGAAUCUGCAACAGAACAUCUGACGGCAUGGACGGCUGCAACCUAAUGUGCUGUGGGAGAGGGUACAACACACAAAAAAUUAGUGUCAAACAGAGAUGUGACUGUAAAUUCCAUUGGUGUUGUUAUGUCAAAUGUAAUCUAUGCACAGAAACCGUCGAUGUUCAUAGUUGUAAAUGAGUGUUUCUUACUUUCGCUUCCACUUUGAUCCAAUGUAGGCUUGAAGUGUCAUACAAGAGAGUGAGUAUCUGUGUGUAAAAAAGCAUAUGUUUGAAUUUUGGCCGUACAUUAGACUCCAAAAAUUACUAUACGAUAACUGUAAGAUUUGAGUCCAAAAACUUUGCUAUUUGAUCCGAGUAAUUUUGAUACGCCUAGAUUUCAUCAUAUACACCCAAUUGUUUUCUAUAUAGUUAAUAGGUUCUUAGUAAGAGGAUAAUUGUUUUUAUAGUCUGAUCAAAGAUAUGUUCAUAUACACAUAAAUACCAAAAUUAGAAGCCUUCUAAUUUGAUUUAUUAAAAAAAGUCAUUAAAGAUUCCUGUUGUAUUAUGAUUUUUAUUCUACUGCUACUCAACUAAUUACCUCCAUAAUCUUAAAUUUCCAAAUUAAUAAAAAAAUUUUACUGCUAAAUAGUUUCCUUUCACUUCUUAUACGUAUAUAGAUUAUGUAGCCUCUUUUUGAUCUGCGCAUUGUGACCAUGUAAAUAUAUAACAAGUUAGUGUGAAAUUGCUUCAUUUAUUUACACAAAACAAACAUUAUCCCUUAA